CAUAAAUGUAGAAAGCAACCAGAGGUUCUUCUUCACUCUUGGGGUUCAAAGAGAAUAUAGAUGUUCUAUCAUCAACCGGAAAAAAAUUACAAUUGUUGCGAAUAUGUUGUGAAACAUUCCAUAGCACAUCAAGGGUUCACAUUUCUAAAUAUAAGGAGAAGUAGAUGUAUAAUUUAGCCUAUAUAGACAAAACAUGUGUUUUUGAGUGAGGUAUCUUUUAAACUCUGGCCUGGUGUCAAAAUAUGUCCAAUGUUAUGCAUAUAUUCAGUGCUGGACUUGGACUGAAAUAUGUAUCAUUCUGGGUGCCGGUCCUGUUUAUAUUUAGGUGCAGGAGCUCCACAAUACUUUUGAGCUGAUAUUUUAAAAGAGCUCAAACAUUUGUGGUGCCGGUACUCCGCUCAGGUGAGCUCAUCCCCAAGUCAAAAACUGCAUUUAUUCAAGUAAAAAUGUACAAAUCCAUAUAAGCGAGAAGAUAACAUCAAUCGGUUAACGUGUCUUAUUCCCAAGGCGCUUCUUCAGAAAGCAGUGUCGGGAAAGUGGUGUCGGGAAAGCAGAUUUGAUGAAUUCAGCACCACAGGAGUGGACAGCGGCGCUAUACACGGACGGGCAAACACAAAGCCAUGUGGAUGCAGUACUUGUAGUGGAGAGCAGAAGAGCCAUUCGCGGUUUCAACCAGAAUGGGACAUAGAACUAAUUAUUUAAUUAAGUCAACUGGCGAUGGCUGGGCCCACCCUCAAUUCAAUGACUUCACAGGAAUAUAUCACUCGCCCGCCAUGAGAUCACCCUAAAAUCACAAUGAUCAAAAACACAACUCUUUAACGACAUAUCCUAUGAAACGUGUUCGAUAUCCACAUGAUCGCAUUCAGGGGGUGUGGCGUGAACUCACUCCCAGGCACGCUGGUGUGCGUGUGUUGCGUAUGGGUGAGUAGUAAGGGGAGCGAGCGCUGCAUAGAGAAAGCGCACUCAACGCUCGCGCAAGCAGAGAGUGGGAAUAUAGUGCGCGGUGGCAUGGCUUCCUCUCACGGGAAAAGCGAACCCAGGUUCGCCGACUGGAUGGCAAAUUUACCGGAGAGCAUGCACAGCAUCCCGCUCACCAACCUGGCCAUUCCUGGUUCACAUGAUUCGUUCAGUUUCUACAUAGAUGAGUCCUCUCCGGUUGGUCCUGAGCAGACUGAUGCCGUCCAGAACUUUGUGUCCGUCUUCGGCACGGUGGCCAAGAAGCUGAUGCGCAAAUGGCUCGCCACUCAGACCAUGAACUUCUCCAGCCAGCUGGAGGCCGGCAUCCGCUUCUUUGACCUGCGCAUCUCCACCAAGCCCCGAGAUCCAGACAACGAACUCUUCUUCGCUCACGGUCUCUUCAGCGCCACGGUGAGAGAAGGCCUGGAGCAGAUCAGCUCCUUCCUGUCGGCCCAUGCCAGAGAGGUGGUGUUCCUGGACUUUAACCACUUCUACGGGGUUCAGAACAUGCACCAUGAGAAGCUGGUCUCAAUGCUGAGGGAUGUGUUUGGGGAGAAACUCUGCCCUGUUGUCUUCGCUCAGGAGGUGAGUCUCCAGUACCUGUGGGAGAAUGAGUACCAGGUAUUGGUGUUCUAUCAUAGUCCUAUGGCCCUGGAGGUGCCCUUCCUGUGGCCGGGUCAGAUGAUGCCUGCUCCCUGGGCCAACACCACUGACCCUGACAAGCUGAUCCAGUUCCUCCAGGCCUCUGUGGCUGACCGCAGGAGGAAGGGAACAUUCUUUGUCUCCCAAGUGGUCCUGACACCUAAGGCCAGCACUGUCAUGAAAGGAGUGGCUAGCGGACUGAGGGAGACCAUUACAGAAAGGGCUCUUCCAAGUAUGAUGCUGUGGAUCCGUGCCCAGAGGCCGGGAGAGAGCGGCAUCAACAUCAUCACAGCUGACUUCGUAGAGCUGGGAGACUUCGUCAGUGCUGUCAUCACUCUCAACUACCAUAUGGAAGACGAGGAAGAAAACGCCACCUGAGACUGACCGACGGGGUGGUUUAGAGUUCAAUCCUCAGCCAUGUGAGGCUACGCUCGCUCUCUCACUCUUUCUCUUUGGUAUUCAUUUUUAGGAAGAGAGGCGGUCCUCUGACUCUUCUAGGGCUACAGUAGUUGACAGAGGGAGGGAGCGAGCGAGAGGGGAGGGAGAGAUGG